AUGUCAACUCUCACGGAACAUUUAUGUCUGUUUCAGAUAUGUCGCGAAGAAUUCAUCGCCCUUCACAGCGAACCAAUUUUGCACAACUUCGCAGAGUAUUUGCGGCAAAAGUUUGCUUACACCCCCGAUGAAAUAUCCCAAAUGAGCUGUGAACUCAAAAGAUCCAAGGCACUAUCCUUCAACGCACUCCUGGAUCGCGUUCCGAAAGCUGGCACCUUCGAUUUGAACGAGGUCCGCAAUUCAACUUACUUCUUCAGCUGA